AUGGCCACAUCAUCGGCCAUUCUCGAUGGGGAGAUCGAGGCCAUGGAGACGGGAGAGAACAACUGCAACCCGUCGACCGCUGCACCGGUGCCCGAGGCGCUUCAUUCGCGCCAAUAUCAACUUGAGAUGUUCGAGAAGUCAAAGACUGAGAACAUCAUCAUUUGUAUGGACACCGGUAGUGGCAAAACCCAGAUCGCUCGACUCCGUAUCGACUUUGAACUGCAACGCAACCCGACCUUGAGAUGUUGGUUCUUAGCCCAGACUCAAGUCCUAGCCGAGCAGCAGCACAGCUUCAUGAGCAAACAGCUUACCCAGCACUCUUUCAGACUGAUCACAGGUGCGGAUAAUGCCGAAUAUUGGGCUUCGCAGAAUGUCUGGAACGCAGCGUUGUCAUCUUACAACGGGGUGAUAUCAACACCUGUUGUCUUGUAUGAUGCGUUGAGUCACGGCUUUGUGUCCCUCGACAGCAUGUCACUGCUUGUAUUUGACGAAGCUCAUCACUGCGUAAAAAGCAACCCCUACAACAAGAUCAUGGGCCUCGUCAAACAACAUUUCGCGGACACCAAUAGACGACCUGAUAUCCUUGGGCUCACGGCAACACCGAUGAUCCGCGAUGAUCUCAAGCUUAUCGAAGAGCUCGGAAACAACCUCAUGUCAGUGUGCAGAACUCCCACUCAAAGCAUAGAAGAACUGCGAGAGCAUGUGCAUCUCCCAGAUUUAGUCUGGCUGGAGUACGAGCAAGUUGAAGGACGGGGCUCCGUGUUACUUGAGCGUCUUCAGAUGUUACUUCGAGACUACACCUUGGAUGACGACCCCACGAUGACUAUGUUGCAACAAAGCGACGAUCCACAUGAUAUGCAGAAGCUUGCAAAGUUCCUAGCUCGAGAGGAAUCUCCUACGAAGCGACAAAUACUUAAAAUGCUUGGACCGUGGGCUGCCGAUCGGUACAGCUAUGCAUGCAUCAGUCAACUGUAUAAUGCUACGGCACAGCAAGAAGCCUGUCUAUUCGUCAUUGAUAAGAGCGAGACACAACAUCUGGCGCAGCUUCUCCGGCCCCUGUUGGAUGUUCCCCUCUAUCCGACUCCGGAAGAACACGAAAUGACGCCUAAAGUAAAGAGACUGCUCGCUCAUCUUCAGUCACUACAGCCGGAGAGCAUGAGUUGUGUGAUCUUCGUAGAAAGACGUUCUGUCGCCUACGCCUUAUGCGACGUCGUGGCAAACGUUUCGGGUCUAGAUGGCUGGCAUCCUUUCACUUUCGUCGGGUGUGCGAACCCAAUGAAUCGCACGCUAGCGGACCUUGCGGAUCUAAGAGUCCAGCACGAGAGAUUUGUGGAGUUCAGACGAGGCGACCGCAACCUGGUUAUCGGAACUAACGUACUCGAGGAAGGCAUCGAUGUCAGAGCGUGCAACCUUGUCAUCUGUUUCGAUCCUCCUAUCUCUCAUAGGGCUUACAUCCAACGUCGAGGGCGUGCUCGCGAUCCAGAUGCGAGGUUCGCUUUCAUGGUUGAUCGGAAGACAUAUUCGACGAACCUCCAUCAAUGGCAGGCUCUAGAGGAAGAGAUGAAACGCAAGUGUGCUGAAGAAAACCGGAGAAGAGAUGAUCUACUGCAGCAUGAGAAGGGGGCGGAAGAACGGGUUGACUUUCCUCCUAUCAGAACAUCGAAGGCAACAAUCGAAGUCGACAGCGCCCGGCAACACCUAGAGUACUUCUGUCAGACGAUGCGUAAAGCAGGGCAGCGGCCGCCCAGACCGCUGUUUAUCCUAAACGCCAAUGCGCUGGGUGAGUAUGGUUGCUCGGUGGUUCUACCCACCAGUCUUCCGCCCACGGUCCGCAGAACGUCCUCUGCUCAGGUCUGGCAGACGAGGCUCAACGCAACGAAGGACGCGGCCUUCCAGUCGUAUAAAGCAUUGCAUUACGCGGGCUUGCUCACCGAGCACUUACUUCCCAUCCAUGCAGAAGACAGGAAGCACGGAGGUGCGCACGGGACUAUUGAGACUCGAGACUCGAUUGUCAACGUUGCGCCCCAAUUUGACGUGUGGUCGCGGUGCAGACAGGCACUGAAUGCAAAGAGGCCACUCUUUGCGCAUCAAGUCACAAUUGCAGGGGAAGUGAAUGUACAGCUUCUUCUGCCUCUCAAGUCCCAGGCCAUUCGCUGUACCAUAGUGUCAGCCGAAGGUAUCGAGAUCGCUGUGAAGGUGCGACCAGUCCCUGAUACUAUUCCAGACGUGUAUGCCACGGCCGCCCGCAUCACGAAAUUCUUGUACGCGUCCGUCCUGCAACGGCGCUUGCCUGGAGUUGAGGAAGAUGGCUACUUGCUUUCACACUACAUCGUACCAAAAAUCCCGCUGGAGCAAUGGGAUACUUGGCUAGCAGCAGCUAAGGUACGAUCACCGCUGUCUCAAGCCCACGAACCUUAUGGACAGGAGGCUCUACUGUAUGUGCAUAAUCAGACGGUCCCAUACAUCUGGACGAUGCAGAAGCCGGCCCACAAUAUUCAGGCAAUCAGGCUUUCUCGUGCCAUCGAUCUGUCGAGGAAACAUAGCAGCCUUCCCUCGGCGCCCGUGGCCAGGGACCUUCCUCUUGCGGACUGCAUGAUUUCCGGCCUACAGCCAAGGUAUGCUCGCGUCAUGUCCUAUAUGCCGACGAUCCUGCACGAAGUUGAGAAAUCUGUGAGGUCACAACAAGCCCUGGCUAUCACUCGGCUGUGCGACCUUACGAUCGAACCUUCAACGGUGUGUUCAGCAUUCGUGAGCCCGAAGGUAUCAAAUACGAAUUACCAACGCCUGGAAUUCAUCGGCGACGCUCUUCUAAAGUUUCUUGCCGCCAUAAACGUCUUCUGUAACAAUCAAAGCUUUCACGAAGGCGCUCUCACCGUGAUGGUGGCUAGGCUCGUCAGCAAUGCAAGGCUGCAUCGCUCUGCUCUGGAGACUGGGCUGGCACAGUUCCUGACCACGCAGGCAUUCUCCGGGAAAGGAUGGAAUUUAACUCCUCAGGAGCCCGUGCAGAGACAACUUUCCUCCAAGACUUUGGCCGACAUGAUCGAGGCGAUCUUAGGAGCGGUUUAUAUGCCAGGAGACACAGCAGACAUGAGCAAAGCCACCGAAGCAUUGAAUCUGUUCCUACCGGAAACUACGUGGAGGACACCCGACCAAGACAUUGCUCGCGUGCACGUUGCUGACAUGCCGGAAGUCGUGAACAAAGACAUACUCGGAGACGUAGAGGCCAUCAUCGGCCAUCGCUUUAGCCGUCCUGUGCUGCUCCUAGAAGCACUGAAUCACUCCUCACAGAGCCUCCCACUUCGCACGUACGAUCGUUUGGAGUUUCUCGGCGACGCGAUAAUUGAUCUGAUCGUUAAAGAGCGUCUGUACAACAGCAAGCAGCAGUUCGGCGAAUCUUACAUGACACAAGCCAGCCAUGCUAUCGUAAACAAAGAGACCUUUGCGCUUUUGACGACUCGCGCGGCUAUGCGAGUUGAUCAUGUCGAGGUAAAUGUCGAUCUCCGCUCGAAGACACCAGCACUUACACAAACGACCAAUUUCAAGCGACUGCACGACUUUCUGGCCCGAGCACCCAGCGCAGAUCUCGUGUCGCAGAGAUCGCAAUUCAUGCGCAACUAUGACGAGAUCAUUGACUCUGUCACCGAAGAAAUGAAGAGCAGCAAAGCUUGGCCUUGGGCUGAGAUGCUUCAUCUGAACUCGCCAAAAUGGGCUUCAGACAUCCUCGAGUCCAUCAUCGGCGCGGUCUUCAUCGACUCUCAAGCUGACCUUGAGGCAUGCUGCAGCGUCUUGACGACUCUAGGACUCAUGGAUCUUGUCCAGCGAGCAGUAGACGAGCCCGAUAUCUCUUACACACAAAUGAGAGAAGAAAUUCGUAUCGCAUUUCCAGGCAAGGCGAAAUUCACCACCACCAAGACUCGGGAUCUAGCCGGUAAUGAAUGGGUGUACGCAUGUACGGCGGAGGUUGAGGGCGAGGGCACGGCCGGCGUUACUGCUAUCGCCACCAACUGUAGCUGUGAGGCCGAGGCCGAGGAGCGAGCAGCCUUUCAAUUACUACAAACCACAAAACAAUCACAGCAACCUCCUUCGGUUUCCGAGCCACGUAUCAAGAAGCGGAAGAGGGUCGACUCGGUCCAUGGCGCAGAGUCUUCAGGAGACGAUUCUGAUUUCAGCGAAGAUGAUGCGGAAGCAAUUGUUCGAGAGUCGAGUGAGGAAGCAGCAUUGUGA